CUUGACAGCAACGUCAACUCCUUAUGAUGGCUGCUGAAAUUGAAAAUUGUAAAAUUUCUGAAAAUAUCAAUAAACUAAAUAUAGAAAAUGAAAAUAACUCCAAAGUUAACAAAUAUAGUGCCAUUGCAGCAAAUGUAGAAUACGGUCUACCUCUUAAAGAAGUAUAUAAAUUAGCUUUCAACUUUUAUAAAGAAAAAGAUGGCAAAGCCGUGCAUUUUAGUUACGAAGAUAAAUUACAGCUAGCAGCGUUCUCUCAGCAAGCAUUAUAUGGAUGUUAUGCAGAAGCAGCUCAUAAAUUAGCUCCCUUAGGGACUUUAGAUGUUGUAGGAAGAGAUAGAAGGAUAGCCUGGCAAAAGUUGGGACAGUUAUCCUGUGAUCAAGCAAGAGCAGGAUUUGUGGAAUUAUUAAGUAGAAAAUGUCCUCUGUUUUCAACUUACAUAGAAGCACACAGAAGGGAGAAAAUAGAACAUGAUCGCCGACUUGAGGAGGAACGAGAAAAAAAGAAAAUUGAAGAGGAGGAAAGGCUAAAAAAGUUAGAAGAAGAAAAAAUUCUACAAGAAGAAUUGUGGAAACAAGAAGCAAUUAAAAGGCAGAUACAACUAGCUUUAAAUCAACAAACUUAUGAACAGUUUAGAAAAUAUGCUGAACAACAAUAUCCAGGCGAUCCAGAUAAACAAGGUUCCUUAAUAAAGCAAUUACAAGAACAGCACUAUAUACAAUAUAUGCAACAACUACAUGCCACACAGAAGGAGCAUAGAGAUAAUCAAACUGGAACUUUGAUAGACAAAAGUAUCAACACUGCACAGGUUUAUGAAGAAUCAACAUCGAACGAAAUAAAUGAAGAACACGGUUCAUCAUCUGAUGAACAAAAUAUGGUGACUGCCAGUAUGUGGACCAGAGCAGAAUUAGCUGCUUUUAAACAGAGCGUAUCUAAAGGAGAAGGUGAUGGUGUAGUAAGGGUGGGACAUGGAGAAACAGUUACUGUGCGAGUUCCUACUCAUCCCAAUGGAUCGAGACUCUUUUGGGAGUUCGCAACUGACCAUUAUGAUAUCGGUUUUGGUGUAUAUUUCGAAUUCGGCACGCCGACCACUGAAGAAGUGUCCGUCCACGUGUCUGAAAGCACCGACGAGGAGGAGAUGGACGAACUGGACGAUGACGAAAUAGACGAAGAAUUGAUUCAUCACACCAAAGACCUCGAAUUGGGAGUCAACGUCUCCAAGCCCCUCUUGCAUGAGAUCGUUCCCGUUUAUAGACGGGACUGCCAGAACGAGGUGUACGCCGGUUCUCAUCCCUAUCCUGGCAAGGGGGUGUACUUAUUAAAGUUCGACAAUUCUUAUUCACUGUGGCGAUCCAAAACGUUGUAUUAUAGGGUUUAUUACACUCAUUAGCUUGUAAAUAUCGUUUUUAUAUAAUAAAUAUAUUAUCUUUUGUGAGUUUUAUUUACGUUUAAGUUUGAAAUUUGCUUUGAAAGGUGCUACCUAUAAAUAUAUUCCAAUUUUUAAUCGUU